AGCAAUGUGAGAGUUAAAAGAAUCAGAGAAAACAAAAAGAGUCAGAGAAAAGCCAUGUCUCUAGGACUAAUCUUAUCUUCGGCGAUCAUGUUGGUACUCGCUGCGGCGGCGACGGCGACGGCGGAAGAGAUCGGAUACAAUGAUACCAAACCAAUCGGAAUAGUCUCCGAUAGUCUCCGGGAAGUUCAUGAAACCUUCGUCAAGGUUAUAGGCCAGUCUCGCCAUGUUCUCUCCUUCUCUCGCUUCGCCCACCGGUAUGGGAAGAUGUAUGAGAGUGCGGAGGAGAUGAAGCUCCGGUUCUCGGUUUACAAGGAGAAUCUCGGUUUAAUCAGAUCCACCAACCAGAAAGGCUUAUCUUACAAACUCUCUCUUAAUAAAUUUGCUGAUAUGACAGGGCAAGAGUUUCAAAGACACAAUCUUGGGGAUGCUAAAAAGUAUACUGCCGCUUUAGUGGGCAGCCGCAAGCUCACUGAAUCUGCCGUUUUGGUGGGCAGCCAGAAGCUCACUGUAUCUGCAGCUGCAAUUCCAUUAACAACUGGAGAAAAGAUGGAAUUGUCAGCCCUGUCAAACAGCAAGGAGCUUGUGGCUCUUCCUAGGCAUUCAGCUCUUGAGGCGGCUUACCAUCAGGCAUUUGGACACAGAACAGAUCUCUCUGAGCAACAGCUUGUGGACUGUGCUAAAGAUCACGGUUGUAGUGGUGGCCUUCCUGUACAAGCCUUUAGGUACAUCAAAGACAACGGUGGGAUCACCAACGAAGCUAGUCAUCCCAUCACUGGCAGAGUGGGUAACUGCUGGUCUCAUCGUUAUGUCGCUGUAAAACUCCUUGACUAUGUCAACAUUACCAAGGGUGCAGAACUUGAACUGCUGCGCGCGGUCGGGUUAGUGAGGCCGGUGAGUGUUGCCAUUCAUGUUGGACGUGACUUUCAGUUUUACCGUAGCGGAGUUUUUACUUCCUUGACUUGUCUAAACACUCUAAAGGAUGCAAACCAUUAUGUAUUAGCAGUUGGUUAUGGAAAUCAAAUUGCACUCCCGUACUGGAUUUUAAAGAAUUCAUGGGGAAGUGAUUGGGGAGAAAGUGGCUACGUCAGGAUAUCAAGGGGGGUAAACAUGUGUGGUAAGCUUCGAUUUUCGGUUUACUACGGUCGAGGUGUUGCAAAUAAUGCAGUGUAUCCGGUUAUGGCAUGAGGUGACAAAAUUUGGUUUUUUUGGGGGCAAAUCGUUAUAAUUUGAAAUAUGAAAUAAUGUUGUAAACGUACAUGAGCUAUUAUAAGUUUAUGGUGCUUUGCGUUUUCGAAUAUGUCGUCAAUCCUAAAAAAGGGAUUUCAAAAUAAAAGUCUAUU